AUGGCGUGGCGUAAUCAAGGAAUAACAGGUUCUAAUAAUAUUCCCUUGGGCCGUCGCCGUAUGGGCGAAGAAGAUGAGGACGAGAGUCGCACCGUGACCCCUUCAUCGACUACUGACGCCAAACGCGGUCGCAGCCCUACGAAAGAGGAACCCGCUGAGGAUGGCGUUAAGAAGCGCAAGAAGCGCAACCGCUGGGGUGAUCAACAGGACAACAAAGCCGCCGGUCUGAUGGGCUUACCCACAAUGAUCAUGGCAAACUUCACCGCCGAGCAACUUGAAGCUUACGCUCUGCACCUGCGCAUUGAGGAGAUCAGCCAGAAGCUUCGGAUCAACGACGUUGUCCCUGCUGACGGCGACCGAUCUCCUCCCCCCGCUCCGCAGUACGAUAAUUUCGGUCGACGUGUGAAUACUCGCGAGUUUCGUUACCGCAAGAAACUCGAGGACGAACGCCAUAAGCUGGUUGAGCAGGCCAUGAGGAUUAUUCCGAAAUACAAUCCACCUUCCGAUUACAGACGCCCUACUAAGACUCAAGAAAAGGUCUACGUCCCAGUGAACGACUAUCCCGAAAUUAACUUCAUCGGCUUACUCAUAGGACCUCGCGGAAACACCUUGAAGAAAAUGGAGACCGAGUCUGGAGCCAAAAUCGCUAUCCGAGGCAAGGGUUCCGUCAAGGAAGGAAAGGGUCGGUCCGAUGCAGCUCAUGCCAGCAAUCAGGAAGAGGAUCUUCACUGUCUUAUCAUGGCUGACACAGAGGAGAAGGUCAAUAAGGCAAAGAAACUUGUUCACAACGUCAUCGAGACGGCCGCAUCUAUUCCCGAGGGUCAGAACGAGCUGAAGCGUAACCAACUUCGUGAGCUGGCUGCUCUCAACGGUACACUCCGGGACGACGAAAACCAAGCCUGCCAGAACUGUGGUCAAAUCGGACAUCGAAAGUAUGACUGCCCCGAGCAGCGCAACUUCACCACAAACAUCAUCUGUCGUGUCUGUGGUAACGCUGGUCAUAUGCAACGUGAUUGUCCUGACCGCCCGAGAGGCAGCGACUGGCGUAAUAACAGUGGCCCUGGCUUCGCUGGACGCGGUACUCCUCGUGCUGGUGGUGCUGGCGACGCCGUGGAUCGUGAAAUGGAGUUGCUCAUGAAUGAGCUCUCUGGAGGCGCUCCUAGCGACAAUCCGCCUCGCCGUAUCGAAGCCCGUCCCGACCAGGGUUACCCUGAUGACCGUAACCGUGAUGCUAAGCCAUGGCAACAGCGUGAUCAGCGUGAGCAGCCCUCCGGUGAUGUGGUAGCUCCCUGGCACCAGCGACGCGAGCAUCGCCCUCGUGAUGACUACGGAUCCCGCGAUCAUGGAUCCCGCGAUCACGGAUCCCGCGAUCACGGAUCCCGGGAUCACGGUGGCCCACCCCCUUGGGCGAACCAGAACCAAAGCCACAGUCGCGGCGGUGGUGGCGGCGAGUACGGCGGCUAUGGAUCCCAAGGUGGAUAUGGAGCACCUGCCACGGCUCCUGGUGCCCCUCCACCUCCAUCUGCUGCUCCUUGGAAUCAGCGCGCGCCUGCUCCUGCUCCUGCUUCCGCUCCCGCUGCCCAGCCCAGCUACGGCGGAUACGCUGGAUACGCUGGAUAUGGUUACCCCCCGGCAUGUCUGCGGCUCCUCCCGGAAUGGCCCCAUGGUCUUAUGGCGCUCCUGGUGGAGCAGGAAAUCCUCCUCCCCCUCCUCCCCCGCCAGCCGAUGGACCCCCUCCUCCUCCUCCAAGCGAUCAACCUCCUCCCCCUCCUCCGGGAGCGUAAUCAACUUUACUAA